ACAACAACACUCAAUUUUCAGAGUUCUUUCACCCUCAGCACAUCUGGUUUGAAGAUCAUGGCUGAAGGCAAAAGAACCUGGGACAAAGAAGAUGAUCUGCCGGUCUAUUUUGGGAGACCGGGUACAACCGAUCAGGUCCCCCGGCAGAAAUACGGGGGGAUGUUUUGUAACGUAGAGGGAGCGUUCGAAAGCAAGACCAUCGAUUUUGAUGCCCUGAGCGUCGGGAAAAGAAGUUCGAGGAGUGGGAGUAAGCGGGAUGCAUUCCAGGAAGGAAGGAGUGACAGCGACCAGGGCAGCAUCUGCACAGAAACUGGGUCCGGAGGGCUCGACGGGGGAGACCCGGGCAUUCAAAUAAAAACUGCAGCAGGGAAAGAAAUACUGCAGAAUCUGGAUGAGGUGGAGAGCGACAGGCUUCUGAUCAAAGGAGGAAGGAUUGUAAAUGACGACCAGUCAUUCUACGCGGAUAUUUACAUUGAAGAUGGGCACAUUAAGCAACUUGGAGAUAACUUAAUUGUUCCAGGAGGUGUUAAAACCAUUGAAGCCAAUGGGAAAAUGGUCAUACCUGGAGGGAUUGAUAUCCACACUCACCUACAGAUGCCAUACCGGGGAACUACCACUGUGGAUGAUUUCUUCCAGGGUUCAAAGGCAGCACUGGCUGGUGGCACAACUAUGAUCGUUGACCAUGUUAUCCCAGAGCCUGGAGCCAGCCUCAUUGAAGCCUUUGAGCGAUGGAGAGAAUGGGCUGACGAGAAGACUUGUUGCGAUUACUCCCUGCAUGUCGACAUCACUCACUGGAGUGACAGCACCAAGCAGGAAGUGGAGACCCUUAUCAAGGAAAAAGGAGUUAACUCUUUCCUGGUCUACAUGGCAUACAAGGAUUUGUAUCAGAUGACCAACAGCGAGCUUUAUGAAAUCUUCACCUUCCUGGGAGAACUGGGGGCUGUAGUGCAAGUGCAUGCUGAAAACGGAGAGAUCAUUGCACAGGAGCAAGUCCGCAUGUUAGAAAUGGGGAUUACAGGUCCAGAGGGUCACGUACUGAGUCGACCAGAGGAGCUUGAGGCUGAGGCUGUAUUCCGAGCCAUCACCAUCGCAAGCCAAACCAACUGUCCUCUGUACGUGUCCAAAGUCAUGAGCAAAAGUGCAGCGGACAUCAUUUCACAGGCCAGGAAAAAAGGCAAUGUGGUCUUUGGAGAGCCAAUCACAGCCAGCCUUGGCACAGACGGGACGCACUAUUGGAGUAAAAACUGGGCCAAGGCAGCUGCCUUUGUGACAUCCCCACCUCUGAGUCCUGAUCCCACCACACCGGACUACCUGAACUCUCUACUGGCAAGUGGGGACCUGAAUGUAUCAGGGAGUGCCCACUGUACCUUCAGCACAGCACAGAAGGCCAUUGGGAAGGAUGACUUCACUCAGAUUCCAGAGGGAGUCAAUGGCAUUGAGGAAAGAAUGGCAGUCAUCUGGGAUAAGGCAGUGGUCACUGGUAAAAUGGAUGAGAACAUGUUUGUGGCAGUUACCAGCACCAAUGCUGCCAAAAUCCUGAACCUGUACCCCAGGAAAGGUAAAAUAGCCGUGGGCUCGGACAGUGAUCUGGUUAUCUGGGAUUCGGAUGCGGUGAGGACCGUCUCGGCUAAAACACACCAUUCGGCUACUGAAUACAAUGUGUUUGAAGGGAUGGAGCUGCGCGGGGCUCCUCUGGUGGUGAUCUGCCAGGGGAAGAUCGUGCUGGAAGAUGGCACCUUGCACGCCACUCAGGGAAGUGGGCGCUUCAUUGCCUGCACUCCAUUCCCAGACUACGCCUACAAGCGUGUUAAAGCCAGGAAACAGCUGGCUGUACUGAGGGCUGUCCCCAGGGGGAUGUACGAUGGCCCAGUUUCUGAGUUCACGCCCAUGUCGAGAGGAGGAACUCCUGCUGCCUCAGCUAGGACCUCCCCCACCAAGCAGGCUCCACCAAUCAGGAACCUUCAUCAUUCUGGAUUCAGUCUAGCAGGUAACCCUGCACACCGGGGUGUCCCAUCUGAAGAGACCCCCAUUCGCCCAGCAGGCCGACGCAUCGUGAUUCCUCCCGGCGGCCGCUCCAAUAUCACAUCCCUUAGCUAAAGCAUGAACACAUACCCCCCAGGAAAGAAAAACAUGAUUGGUUUAAGUUGAAGUUGACAGAAAAACAGAAGCCUCAUGCCUUAUCAGUCACGAAUGCCACCUGCUAUAGCUUUAAGAAUGCAGUAUUCCCUUUGUUAGGAAAGUACAGGUCAGUAAUGCAAACAACCUGUUUAAAGCCUGUUCAAGAAUAAUCAUUUUAAAUAUGUGCUUACACAGUAACAGCUCUGUAACUGUACAGCUUAAGUGAUGCCACUUUAGGGAAGUGUUUCCAAUUAAAGUGAACAUCAGCUGUCUAGCAAUUUCUGUCUUGGAUUUACCUUGGAGACAACAUUUUUAUAAAAAAAAAUGUAGAAGAUUUUACCAUUUGCAAAUCAUACUGUGAUAAAGAAAUGCAACAGAAAUCACAGGCUGUUUCUGGUUGCUUUCGUAAUCUCUGAACACUGGUUUCUUAAGAAAAGGAAUACUGCAUAUUUAAGAAUGUUGCUUUCAAUCUUUUUUUUAUAUUAAGCUUUCAGUGUCCCAAUUUAAGUUACUAGUUUGCAGUAGUCAAUAGCAUUGUUAACAUGCCAUACCAUCAGUAGGUGGAGCUGUAAGUAUGUUAGUUGUAAUGUAGCCUUGUAAAUCCUGUGGUUGCAUGUCCUUGGGUUAUUGAACCAGGACUGUUUGAUAGCUUAACGAAUUAAAAACAAAAAAUGUACGUGGUACACAGUUUGUAAACAUGCAAGCCCCCCCCCCCCCCCCCCCCCCCACACACACACACACACACACACAACACACACUAAAAACAAUAAAAUAACCUGUUUCAAAGGUUCUUAACCGAACAGACCUAAUAGGUUAUAUCAGUGCUGCAUUCCAUACCUGUAAAAGUGCUGAAUACAUUUCUGUUAACCGUACCUGCAUCGUUUGUUAUUGUUUUUUCUCAUUGUUAUGUUUCAAGCACCCGAAGCUAACAGAUCGUAAACAAAUGAAAUGUAAGUGGUUGUACGAAUUUUCCUGAAUAAACAUUGGUUGCAAUCUUAA